GUCUGUUUGAAGCUUCAAAAAAGCUCUACUUGGAGUUAACUCUGGAUAUCACAAUACCGAGUGCAAAUGAAAUUCAAAAGAAGCUACUGAAAAUCCCUAAUUGUUGUUUGAUGUGGCAAUGUUUGAGGACUGAAACGUCGGCGAGGGGUGCAUUUUUUGAGUUGGGCAGAGAAUAUUGUACGAACCCAUUGGAGGCGACGAGAGAUGCAUUAACAGUGUUUGUGUCCAUUUCCAAAGAAGUUGAUGAUCUGUUUUUCAGAAAGGAUGGUGCAGUGAAAGGGUUGCAUAAAAAUACAGUAAUUGUUAUCCUGUCAACACUAUCGAUAAAUUAUCUUCACAAGUUAGAGAAGAGAUUUGUAGGCAUGCCAACAUUUUUUCAAGUUUAUAAAAUUUUAUAUGGAAAUUUUUGUUUGUUUUUGCAUGAGUGUAUAUUGAAUCAUAGCAAUGUAGAUUAAUAUCCUUUUGCAAUCAACAGAUUUGUCAAUGUGGUUUUGACUCUAUCAAUUUCCUUAUUUUCUAAAAUUGCUUAAAAUGUUACCAAUAUAACUAGAGUUGAAUAAAUCUAUAUCAAGUCUUAUUUUUGUUGUUUUAUGAAUUGGAAUUUGUACUUUAUUGAUAGAUUAUUGAAUGAAGCGAGGCAUAUGCUAUCUUUUAAUCUUUGCUAAUUUAUUUUUAAUUUAUUGUAUUUGAAUUGCAACCUCAAUUGAUGGAUGCGUAAAAAGCUAGGAAACUGAUUUAAGUUGUUGAAGAUUGACAUAUCUAUUAAAUUGUUAUCACUAAAAACUGUUUCGUGUUACUUUGUCGUAAUUAUAACUAAGGGGCUGUUUGGUAUCGGAUUUACAGCGGGAUUUAAGUCAGAUUUACGCUAAAUCCAGCCAAACAAUUUUUGUGAGCGUGUUAAAUCCUGAGAUUCGGUAAAUCUCGGAUUUACGGUUUUACGGCUUAAAUCUGGGAUUUAGUAAAUCUGAGGGGUAGCUGGAUUUAGUAAAUCCAAGCGUGGUUUACAAGAAGAAGCGCGCGAAAGGGAGAAAGUUACCUUCACAGCCAGCAAGCUCCCGUUCUUGCUUCCGAUCAAAAUGUCGUAACUUCUGAUCCGGGUUGACGAGAAAGUCGCCGCAGGAGCGAAGUCGAACAGCCACGAAGGAGCCGCAGAAGCGACGCAUGCAAUCUAUACACCUGCAAAGCAACGAAGCCGAACAACAACGAUGAAAGAGAAGAUGAAAUGAAAACCAUAGACGCCUCUAAAAGUUAUUAUUGAUUAACUUAAUUAAUAUAAUUUAAAUUUUUAAUAAUUAAUUAAAUAAUUA